AUGCGGCGACGACCUGUAGGCUUGGCGCAUGCACAACACAGAGAACGUCUUGAUCGAGACUUUCAGCAGGUGGGCGAUUCCAUAGCCGCCCGUGAACUGGAACAGCUUCAACAACAACUCGAGGUAUUCAAGAACAACCUUGAAGAGUUUGCGUGGAAACACCGCAAAGAUAUCCGCAAAGAUGCCACAUUCCGAGCCCACUUUCAACGCAUGUGUGCCAACAUUGGCGUCGAUCCUCUCGCAUCAAAUAAAGGAUUUUGGGCCGAUUUAUUGGGGGUGGGCGAUUUUUACUACGAACUUGGUAUUCAGAUUAUUGAAGGUUGCAUGGCCAGUCGGUCCAGGGAUGGCGGAUUAACUGAGUUGGGGGACCUGAAACGACGGGUGGAACGAAUGCGUGGAGGAGCCAAAUCUGGAAAGCAUACAGAGAUAACCGAAGACGAUAUCAUUCGAGCUAUCAAAACGUUGAAACCUUUAUCAGGCGGAUUUGAGGUUAUCAGCAUUGGCAGUCGGAAAAUGGUACGAUCAGUACCAAAGGAACUGGAUAAAGAUCAAUCCUCCCUUUUACUGCUAGCUCAGAAUAAGGGCUAUGUUAUGUUAAGUAUGGUCCAGCAAGAAUUAGGCUGGGAACAAAUUCGCACAAACAAUGCACUGGAACAUCUUUUACAGGAUGGAUUAGCAUGGGUCGAUACGCAAGGUGACGAAAAUUUAUAUUGGAUAUCCAGUUACUUUCAUCUGGAAAUAAAACCGACAGAGUGA